AUGAUAAAGGAAAAUCAUAGAAAGGACCACAGAAAAGCAGACACUAAAUAUGAAGCACUGAGGACAACAGUAUUUCCCGUUGUCAGAGAAACCAUUAAAAUUCUGUUCAAAACAGAAGUGAAGUGUCAGCAAUGUGCCAGUGCUAUUGAUUUACCAAAAAAUACUACAACACGCAGACCAAUUCCAGCUAACAGUCGCUGGCAAGUAGAUUUAAUUAAGAUGCCAGCAGUAAGAGGAUAUUCAUAUGCAUGCAACAUAAUUGAUUGUUACUCAAGAUUUGCCUUUGGAGGACCAACAAAAACCAAAACUGCUAAAGAAAUGGCAGAUUUAAUUCUGAAGUAUCUUUACCUGUUAGGAUCACCAAGAAUUUUACAGUCUGACAAUGGAAAAUAA